CUUCUUCCCCCCUCCUCUUCUCAGUGUUCACACUUCUCUUCCUUUCCUCUCACUUGACUCUCAUCGUUCACUCAUUCUUCUCUUUUCUCUCUUAAUCUCCCCUCCGGUCUCCUUACAUCACGUAUAACCCAUUAUUGCCGGUUUACCAUGCGGCUUCUCAGUCUUGGCCUCUGGAUUAUGCUUGUUAUCUCCCCGGUCACUGCCAAAUUCAGCGCCACCUGCUUCAAGGCCAUCGUUGCCCUCACCAGUCGUCCGCACGCUCUCCUCGAGCAGUUCCAACAUGAGAUCUGCGACCAAGGCUGUCGACCGACGGUCGCGCAUUGGGACCUCUGGACGCGCAACCACACCUUCCUGCCCGCCGUCCGCAGCCUCCUGGCUUGGGUGGAUCACCCCGAUCAACAGGAGGCGGCGAUGAUGCGCCUAGGGGACAAGGUGGCCGCGCUCCUCAAGCGUCAAUGCGGCCCGCUGCUGGACGGCGGCCGCGAUGUCUGUGCGGAUGGAGAGACCCUGGCCGCGUUCGGCUCUUGCUUCAAAAAGGGUUUUGUGCGGGCCGCGCUGGUUCACCUGCCCCGGUUGCUGCCCUUGGCUUCCGAGCUGGUCUGUCAAGCCCAGUAUGAGUGGGUACAGAAGAACCAGCUCUGGGAGGAGAUUAUUCCCAACAAGAUGCGCGAGUAUGCCGGGGUGUGUCGGCAAUUGGGGGGGGAGAUGAUGGUGAUGGGGGAGAUGUAUAGUUUCUAGUUGUGUACUGUACAGUGAGGUACCUAGUUACAUGCUAUAUUCCAGUAUGUGAG